AUGAGUCCCUGGCAGCCCCUGGUCCUAGCGCUCCUGGUACUAGGCUGUUGCUCUGCCGCCCCCCGACCACGACAACCUACCUUUGUGGUCUUCCCAGGAGACCUGCGAACCAAUCUUACCGACAGGCAACUGGCAGAGGAAUACUUGUAUCGCUAUGGCUACAAACGUGUGGCCGAGAUGCAGGGCCAAAAAGAGUCCCUGGAUCAGGCGCUGAGGCAUUUCCAGCAGAAGCUACACCUGCCUGAAACAGGAGAGCUUGACAGCGCCACUUUGGACGCUAUGCGAGCCCCACGCUGCGGCGUCCCGGAUGUGGGCCGCUUCCAGACCUUCGAGGGCGACCUCAAGUGGCAACACCACAACAUCACAUACUGGAUCCAAAACUACUCGGAAGAUUUGCCCCGAGACGUAAUCGAUGACGCUUUUGCCAGAGCCUUCGCACUGUGGAGCGAGGUGACGCCACUCACUUUUACCCGCGUGUACAAAGCGGACCCUAAGGAUGUGGACAUCGUCAUUCAGUUUGGCUUCCAGGAGCACGGAGAUGGCUAUCCUUUCGACGGUAAGGAUGGGCUCCUAGCUCAUGCCUUUCCUCCGGGCCCCGGCAUCCAGGGAGACGCCCACUUCGACGACGACGAGUUGUGGACCUUGGGCAAGGGCGUUGUGGUUCCCACCCGCUUUGGAAAUGCAGAUGGCGCCCCCUGCCACUUUCCCUUCACCUUCGAGGGUCGCUCCUACACUGCUUGUACCUCUGCCGGCCGUUCAGACAAUAUGCUCUGGUGCAGCACCACGGCAAACUAUGACACGGAUGGCCAGUUCGGCUUCUGCCCCAGCGAGAGACUCUACACCCACUACGGCAAUUCCGAUGGCAAGCCCUGCGUGUUUCCGUUCACCUUCGAGGGCCGCACCUACUCCACCUGCACCACUGAAGGCCGCUCCGACAACUUCCGCUGGUGCGCCACUACUGCCAACUAUGACAAGGACGGACUGUAUGGCUUCUGUCCCACCCAAGCGGACUCAACAGUGACCGGGGGCAACUCCCCGGGGGAGCAGUGUGCCUUCCCUUUUAUCUUCCUGAACAAGGAAUACUCAUCCUGUACCAGGGAGGGCCGCCAAGAUGGGCGCCUCUGGUGUGCUACCACCUCGAACUUUGACCACGACAAGAAGUGGGGCUUCUGCCCUGAUCAAGGAUACAGCCUGUUCCUUGUGGCGGCUCACGAAUUUGGUCAUGCGCUGGGCUUAGAUCAUACGUCAGUACCUGAAGCCCUCAUGUACCCCAUGUAUCGCUUCACAGAGGAGUAUCCCUUGCAUGCGGACGAUGUGGAGGGCAUCCAGAAUCUCUAUGGUCCUCGUCCUAAACCUGACCCUCAGCCUCCAACUACCACCACACCUGAACCCCAACCCACAACGCCCCCGACUGUCUGCCCCACGGGACCCCCGACUGUCCACCCCUCAGAGCGCCCCACUGCAGGUCCUACUGGCCCUCCUUCAUCUGGCCCCACGGGUCCCCCCACUGCUGGCCCUUCUGCGGCCCCUACAGUGCCUCUGGAUCCCUCGGACAAUGCCUGCAAUGUGAACAUAUUUGAUGCUAUUGUGGAGAUUGGGGACCACCUGCAUUUCUUCAAGAAUGGGAGGUACUGGCGACUUUCUGAGGGCAGUGGACGCCGGGUGCAAGGCCCCUUCCUUAUCUCAGACACAUGGCCCCAGCUCCCUCGAAAGCUGGAUUCUGCCUUUCAGGAUCCACUCACCAAGAAGGUUUUCUUCUUCUCUGGGCGCCAGGUGUGGGUGUACACGGGCGCUUCGGUGCUGGGCCCCAGGCGGCUGGACAAACUGGGCCUGGACCAGAAAGUGUCCCAUGUCACUGGGGUGCUUCCACGCGGUGGUGGUAAGGCACUGCUGUUCAGCGGGCAGCACUUCUGGAGGUUCGACGUGAAAGCACAGAAAGUAGAUUCUGGGACGGUCAGCCCUGUGGACCAGAUGUUUCCUGGGGUGCCCUUGAAUACUCAUGACAUCUUCCAGUAUCGAGAGAAAGCCUACUUCUGCCAGGACCACUUCUACUGGCGUGUGAGUUUCCGGAAUGAAGUGAACCAGGUGGACGAAGUGGGUUAUGUGACCAUAGACCUUCUGCAGUGCCCUGAGGAGUAG